AUGCCGAAACGUCUAAGGGAAGACUCACCGUUAGCCUUACCCUCUACAAAAAGGAGUCGUACUGUAAUAACUACGCCCGUCGAUCGACUAUCUUCCAUGAGCAAUGAGCUUUUACUCCACAUUCUUUCCUUUCUUCCAAUAUCGUCUUUGAAUGUUUGUCAAAGGCUAUCCCGCCGGUUCCAUGCCUUGGGCGGCGACUCCGAACUGUGGAAGCGACAGUACUACUCUCAAUGGGUACGCCCUCGUGCCCGUCGUCUGGCCAAUGUAAGACGCUCAAUAUUACCAUCUAAGGCCGAGUACUCGCCCAAAGUCUCGACCUGGUUUGAUCAUGGCCAUCUCGCUGCAGAGGGGAGAGUAACUAAUUGGAAGCGGCAAUAUCGCUUGCGCCACAAUUGGGCUAGUGGGUCAUGUCGAGUCACGGAAGUUGAAUUUAUCGAACCGCCUUGCCCUCCUGUGCUGGUGAAACUGUGUUCUGGCAUUGUAUUCACUGCCGAUACUGCUCAUGGGCUUCGGGGAUGGGCUGCAAAAGACCCAACCAGGUGUUUGUGUAAAGUCGCAUUUCCCGAGCUCCGGAGGCAAAAUACUCGCCCAACUGCUUUAUCGGUAUCCCAGCUAGAGAAUGUGCAAGAAAUUGUGGUAGGGUUUGAAGAUGGCCACUUUGAUCGCUACGCAUUGGAUGUUGCAACAUCCCAGUUGAAGCUACUCUCUUCCCACCUUGCAUUCAGUGAUGGCGCCAUAACCGCUAUGGCUUUGUCAUCUCCAUACCUACUGAUUGUCUCUCAACAUAAACUUCUCUCCUUGUACAACCUUCAAGGCCGGUCUGGCAAUUCUGGCGAUGCUCAAGAUACCACAGGACCAUGCGAAAUUGCCUCUCUUCGGGCGGAAAAUAUGGUUGCACCGAUGACUCUAUCUUUGCGGGUCUCCGCAAAUGAAAUUGUGGCUACCAUCGUGUAUAGCUUCUUUCAUAUCGGCUGCGGUUGGUCCUCAGGGAUCCAAGAGCUGCGGUUCGCCAAAGAUGGCCAACAACUGGAAUCCCGGCUCACUAGUACCGUGGAUUCCCAGUAUGGCACCCGGCUCCUUCGAGGACACCUUCAAUCCAACCAACGGCUGCGUUCUACCUCCGAUUCAACAUCGCUUUUGGUGCCAACAGAACCAUCGAUCAUGCACCAACGACCGCCAACGUCUAUGUCAUAUAACCACCCGUAUCUGCUAACCUCCCAUGCUGAUAAUACUUUGACUAUGUAUCUGGUGGUCUCGGACUCGGAUCGGCUUUUUGUUCGAGGCGGUCAACGGCUCUGGGGUCACACAUCAUCAGUCUCUACCGUUCUGGUUACGAAUCGGGGAAAAGCGGUCUCUGUGAGCUCACUGGGUAACGAGAUCCGGAUCUGGGAGCUCGAGACAGCCGUUUCUUCAUUGAACAGUCAUCGAUCCUUGAAAGAAGAGAGUAGUAUACAAGUCAGCCCGGACAAUCGAGCAGCGAAAUCCUGGUUUGACAUACCUAAAAGUACCCGAAAAGAGCUUUCCGGGUCGGAGCUUGUUACCAGCACACCUCAACCGCUCGACUGUAUGUACGAAUGCGUUGGCUUCGACGAAGAGCGAGUUCUCCUACUUGGAGAGAAGACGGUUGGCACCCAACUUUUGGAAUGUUACGAUUUCACGUAG